AUGAAUUGGGAAAAUAUAUUAAAGUAUAUCUUGACGUUGGCCAUAAUGAAUAAGCGAUUGUAAUUAUAAUAUAAUAUGUAUCAGAAAAGUGUCUUAGAUUUGUUAAAGGGUUAAUAGAUUAUUUGUAUAUAUGGAGCUUCUAAUGAUAAAGAUAUUACUUCAUGUUUAUAAUUGCUAAAAUCACAUUGCCAUUAAGUUUACAUGGUUUAGGCUAAGAAUAAUAGAGCAUUUCAAAUUAAACAAUUGUUAGGUUUUGAUGAUAUCAAAGUUUUAUAUGAUGGUGAUAUUUCAAAAACUACCUUGGAUGUUGUGAAUAAAGUAUGUUAGAUCGAUUAGACAAUAUUGGUGAUUGGAUCAUUUUAUAUAAUGGAUGAAGUAAGAAUGGUUUUAAAGAUAUGCUAGUCUGAAUGUGAUUUUAAAUGA